GCGAGCGACAUGGCGGCGCGCCCACCCCGCGCGGCGGCCCCGCGGCCCGGGCCGCGCGAGUAGGUCGCCAUGCGCGAUGCGGUAUGAGGCAGCGCCGCGCCCGGCGGGCCGGCCCCCGCUAGCGGCGCCGCCCCCGCCAUGCGAGCGCCGCCGCUGCUGCUGCUGCUGCUGAUGGCGGCCGCGGGCCUGGCCGUGAGUCCGCUCGCGCGCCUCAACCCCUGGCUGAGCGCGUGCGACCUGGAGGAGGAGGGCGCGGGCAGCGUGCGCGAGUGCGGGGGCGCGGCGUGCGGCGGCGGCGGCGGCGCGCCCGACGUGCUGAAGGAGCGCGACGUGCCGCACCUGUGCGCGCUGAGCACACCUGCACGCGCGCGGCGUCUCGCGGAGCUGCGGCUGCGCGCGUGCUGCGAGCGGUCGCCCGCCUCCGCGCUGGACAGCGGCGCGCGUGAAGCCGUGCUCUCCGACCAACAAAGUUGCGAGCGCGCGCUGCACGACCUCCUCGGUCUCGACGCUAUGGUUGCGCGCGUGCACUGCGAUUUCGUCGACAUCCUCAGAAGAUACGAUUGCGACCAGCCCUACUCCGUGCACACGUGUCACGAGUGCCAGGAAACUUAUCGACGUUGGGCGUGCAGUACAAUGGUGCCAUUGUGGGUGGAAGAAGGGUCAGAAGAGGGCAGCGAGGAGACGGGCAGGUCGCGGCGGGCGCCCGCCGAGCACGCGGCGCGGUGGCACGCGCGGCACCUCGAGCGAGUGGGGCACCUGGACCGGCGGCGCGGCGGCGCGGGCGGCGUCGUGGGCCGUUGGGUGCGCGCUGCCGCCGCGGGGCCCGGCCGGCCCCUCGUCCGCCUCAAGCCUUGCCUUUCCGUCUGCCAGCUCGUCGAGCAACACUGUCCCUACUUCCUGCCGGCGGAUCGCGCGCCCGCGUACCCCACGCAAUACGCCGGCGAGCCAACGUUCCUAUGUCUCGACCCGCGUAUCCCGGAGACGGGUGCGCAGGCGAACAAGUCCAACUACGGGCGGGACGAGUGCUGCUACUGGUAUUGCGAGGGGAGGCUGUGCUACCGGUGCGAGCUGCGGCUGAGCGAGUCGCAGCGGCCGGAGGCGGAGCGCUGCCCGGCCGUGGAGGAGCGCGUGGCGGGCUGCUCGGUGCCGUACCAGGCGGCGGCGGCGGGCAGCGCGCCGCGCCCGCGCCCGCGCCUUCUGCUCGCGCUGCUGCUGCUCGGCCUGGCCGCGCACGCACGGACCCACUGGACCGCGGCCACGCGUUUAGUGAAAGUGCGCGAUUCGAGGUUAUAGUUUUACGUUAACGUGCGUCGCACCCGCGCGUCCUGCGAUCGCCGGCCAGCGAUCGGAACCUCUGUUAGUGCAGAACUUAAUAUAAUAAAUAGCGUGCGGUUACGAGACCGACGAGCGACGCGAGCCGCCACCGCCGCCGCGGCCUACACACACUCUCUAACAAAUGUUUGUGUCCGCUCGUUGGUUACACUCGAAGUAUGGAAACACCAAAUGUUCACUCAUGAAUUACUUUAUGCAUUUAACUCGUAAGCGCUGUUUGCCGAUGUUCCGGCCAAUAUGUUAAUAUUUUUGGCACGAUUUGUAAACAAAGAUACAUGUUUUGCGUUAAGCGAAGAUGUUGCGUAUAUUUUACAUAGUGUUUUACAGUUAUAUUGUUCAUAAGAUACACAGUUUAUGUUCUAUAUUAUAUAUUACGCUGACUAGUUUAUUACCUACAUGGAAAAGCAAUAAUUACAAAAAUAAUAGCUAGAAACCAGAACUGCAAGAGGUCACUCAUAGACUUUCAAUCAAUGUACAUACUUGGGUACAUUUGUACGAAGCGUUAUUUGCAUUAGGGAAACGUGUGAUGUGUUUUAUACUACAUUAUUAUGUAGACCAGAUACCUGAUGCAAUAAAAUACUUAUUAAUGUGUGUGCCAUAAUCGCAAGCUUUGACAGAUUGAGAUACAGCAUUCUUAUAUGCCGCCGUGAGACGAAGAGUAGAGCUAACGUUCUUGGAUCUGCAAUCGUACCUUAAUUUGUAGGGCACGAAGACAACGUGACAAAUUUCGGGGACGUGAUCUGGACGGCAGACAUCUACUCUUCGGACCACGCCACAAUAGUACUCGUACGACGACACAGACGGAUUGUUUCUUAGAGAGUUAUUUUUGUAAUGUUGCACAAGUGCAGUGAGUGCGCCGGCGCCGCGGAGACAGCGGGCCUCGCGUCAAUGUGUCGCCGCGGCGUCGGCGUCCGCACGUCAACGCCUAAUUAAUAGUGACUACAUGAUUAUGUAUAAAUGAAAUAAUAUAGGAUUAAUAAAGUAGUUGUUGUUUUGUAAGAAGUAAAAUAUUAUGAAUAAUGCAUAUAAUGAAAGUUAUAUGUAAUAUAUUCCGUCUUAUGAUCUAACAUUUUGGUAACACAGAAUGGUUGAAAAUGAUUUUUAUAUGAAUUGAUUUUUAAUAUAUAUUAUUGUAUAUGUAUAUCGUGUCGACUAUUGAUAAUGGUAAAUGACCUUCAUCGUAUUGUUGUUUCAACAUUUAUAGGUAACAACAUUUGUUAGUUUUGUUUUAUUUUUGAAGAAUAUUAGAAGAGUAUCGUUAAACAUUGUGUGAUGAAAAGAGCAUAAUUUAAUGGUUAUUAAGACUUUAUUGAAUGAACAUUUGUUGAGAAUAUUGCCCUCGGAAGGCAUGUAGUUGUUGUAUUCAAAUAAAUGAUAAUAAUAUUAAGUAAGUUAUUUUUUACGUUUUUAUCGUGUGUACAUAAUGUCAAAAACGGUUUGUUGUUUCCACUCCCAUACUUAAUCGUCGUCACCGAAGGUGCUAAAGGUCUAUUAACGCUUCUUAAGACUUGGUUUGUGUCAACUUCCAAUACGAGGUGAUCCGCUUGCCUGGGCGCGCGGCGCGCGAUGCCGGCGGCCGCGCGGACAGCCAAGCGCUGGUGUCACGUUCUCGGCAAUACUGAUGCCUCACACUCAUAUCACUCGACGUUUACAAAACUUCGCCUACAGAAGCUAUCAUCUAUUUUCAUAGUAUUUUCAAGUGAGAAUAUUCCUUGAGUAAAGUUCACUACGUAGACUAGGAGUAUAGUAGGUGGUGUGAGCAAGUGGUGACAAUAGAUCAGUGAGUCGUUAUUGUUUCAGUCGAGUAUGUUCGCUCGCGCUCCUCAGUGCCUUCACUCGGGAAGUGGCACCACACUGCGCGCAUACCUGCCCGGUUGUUUAGCUGUCAGGAAUCACUCCAUCCUCCAUCCCCAUCCUCCAUCACUGGGAACGGUAGAGUAGUCUCGCCAUCGCGUUGUUCACUUACAUUCGGUAUCCGCAGUUGAAAGUAAAAUGUUGAGAAUCAUAGUGUUAGUCUCUUCAAGAGAGUUUAUAGUAGGUAUUAGAGUUCGAGAGAUGUUAACAAUAAAAAGUUUGAAAUCGAUUGUUUGCUAUUCAUUGAAUACAGAUAUUUUAACACUUUAUUGGGGUUCAUGUCAUGAAUUGAUACCUAUUGUUUGUAUAUUCACAGAUAUAAAUAUAUACAUGUUUGGUUUCAUAUUUAAUCUAAGAGUCUAACUAGAGUAUCUAAAUAAGAAACGUUUCUGGUAAAUUCAUUUCAGAGAGUCGGGUCUAAUUGCACGUAAAUUUUAUUAAAGUAAACAGCAACGUUUUGCGAGUUGUACGUCGCCCUACUGCGUAGGUGCUCUUUCAUGGUAUCAACGUGUAUUUAUCUUAUAUAAAUUAAAUUAUCAAAAUGUCUAAAAUUUAGUAAUAGAAAAUGAAUUACUAGAACAUAAUUAAUUGGAUCAAUUUCGAGCACUCGUUAAAACUUACACAUUGACCGUGCAUUUCUUCUUGUGGGUGUUGCCACUGUACACUAUCGAUGUCUUCACUCGUUCACUUUAUUAGAGUAGAAGAUAGUGAAAGACCAAAGAGAGGAGUUCGGUUCGGAUGUUAAGUACUGAAGCUUUUCAUUUGUCAACUGUUCGAUAACGACAAUCAUCUCACAGCCCCGCAACGUAUGUUGACGAAGCCAACACAUUUGUAAUUCAACAUUUUGUCACAAGAACCUACAUACACAAUUACACCCAACGACCCAACAUGAGCGCAACGGAUAAAUUAACCAAUGUACUAGAGCCACCUUAAUGAAACAGAAACUUGACUCAGGCGAAGAGUCAGCAGGAUUCUCAGGAAACAGUGACAAGGGCGUGACGUGAGACGAGCGGUGACGAUCGGUGCACCAUGCGGCGCGGCGUGCGCCUGCCGACUACACACACCUGCACUCUCGCACGCAGACUCACACAAAUGUGCCAUUCUCUCUAGGUUUAGUGUACGGGUGUAUUAUUCAUUUUCGUUAACGUUUGGUGAUAGUGUAUACAUUAUGUUUACGAAAUAAUAUACGUAUGUUUUGAUGUACAUAAUAAAGUGUAAAUGUUUAACGCACAAAUAAUAUGAUGAAAAGCUGAUGUAAAGCAGUGUACGAAAACGUAUGUAUUAGCUGUAAAAUGUAUCUGGAAAGUAAAGAUUAGGAAUAAUGAUCGUAGGAAGUUCCAUGCUCCGUCUGCUGCCGAGAUCUCGUUCGUUUGUCUGCCAUAUCGUGGUUCUCUUGCUGACGUUCCGUUGUCUUCCCGCCGCGCGCCGGGUGGCUGGCGCCGGCGCGGCAACCUCACCUCAAGUCCAUUUCAAUGUAAAUUACUCGAUAAUCAGGAAUUAACUAGUUGUACUGUUCUCUAUUUUAAGUCCCUCACCUUAGGUUGCGCGGCAACUCAGUUGACUGUCACACACACGCACAAAACAAACAGAAGGUUAGGCUUUCGGGGUCGUCCAUCGAUGAUUAAGCGUUUUAAAUGUGUAUUUCGUACAUUAUUGUUCACAAGAGUACAGAUAGUAAUAUAAGUAAGCAAAACACCAAAUCGUAGCCUUUACAUACACGACAGUUAUCCGCGACAUAGUAAGUAAUAAACAAAGCAACGUACGGUACGUUCCACUUUGGUUCCAAUCGCUGUGAUAUAUGUACUUGAAUACAUAUAACGUGUUAUAUUCACUCAGUACUACUAGGUACGUAUACAUAGUAUUCAAUGAAGUUCGAUGGAAUGUUUCCGUGAUCGUGAUGAUUAUAUAUUUUGUACGAUUUAUUAUUUUCGAUGACUGCCAGUAGAUGUCACUAUGCUUAGGGGUAUAAAAUGUAAGAUGUAACUCGGCUGUGGUAUUAAAACAUUCUAGCGACAACCAUGCCAGUGAUAGUUCGUUUACUAAACCAAAUGUCUACAAUAAUUAACUAAGUACCGGUUGCUUUCAUGUUCGAAGAUGAUCGUAUUCAUUUUAAUACCACAACUGAAUGUUAAGAAACAACGAAUAUGAUUCACGAUUGAUGAUUUUGUUACACAAAACGUUGAUUUCAUUUACUUUAUGGUACUUACAAUAAAAUUAUUAUGAAGAUUAUUUAGUUUCUGUGUUAUUUAUAAGUUCCAAGCGAGAAAUGUUUGUGUACAGUUCUGCUUGAGUUGUAUGAAUUUCUGAUAUUGUACGGAUCCUCUGUGAAAUAAUGUGGUUGAAGUUAGGUGACGUAAUGUUUGCCUGCUACAAGCAACACGAUACGAGUACGAUAUGGCCUUCCACAAUUUAGGCAAAAGUUAAGUAAAUUAAGACACAUUUGAAAAUGUAUCAAGUCUUAUGAAGUUAUACAUAGUGUAUCAAUACAUAAUACAUAUAAAUAGAUUUAACAAUUUGUACGUUAUUUUAAACGGAGAGUUUCAUAAGUAAGCGAUUCAAGUUUCAACCCCGAAAGUUUCUCUUUAGAUUUUAAUCGUUGGGUAAAUUCAUUUUAUAAGUUCAUUAUGUCUUAUUAUUUUACUGUACAAAUACGUAGAUAAAUCAAAGCCAUUUAAUAUGAUAUUAUAAAAUAAUAUAUUUAAUAUAUUAUCCUGACUGUUAAUAAAAGGUACACGGGUAGGCAGACAACAGAUAUAUGUAUGUCAAGUUGACGAACAAAGUAUAUUCAGUAUUUAUUGAGUAAUGCAUCAAAUGCAUUUAAAAUUAUAUUGCAAUCGCAUGAAACUGAACAGUAAUAUGGUCAGCAUUUGACAGUUACGUAAUAGAGCUUAAUUGUUAUUGAUGAGUUAUUGGAUACAAAAAUAUAAAUCUGUUGAAGUUUAAUAAUGUACUGUUUGUUAAAUACUUGUCGAUUUUUCAGAUACACAGAGUUACUGGGUGUUAAGUUGCAAUAUUUGUUAAUAUAUUAUGUGAAUAAUCUCGAGACUGCCUGAACCGCUAAAAAGCCAUCAAUUACUAACAAUCUUUGGCAGAGUCUUUAUUCAUCAUCCUCCAAUAUAUGAGCGGUGUCUGUGCCAGCUCUUCUAUCUAAAAUUUCGAUAUUUUGCAUCAUCAGGAGUGAAAAUCUUUGUAACAUUGCAAUGUCAAUUGUUAAAGUAAGUGAGUUAUUGCACCUGCACCAUAGGGGCAUUUCCUUGUUCAAUAUAAUUACGGUUUAACGUUGCAUACCUCAUUAUAUAGCAAUUAUUAAAUUAUUAGGAAAUAUUAUAUUCUAUGGACAGUUGCUACAAACUCUGCGUGCUCGUGUACUCGUACAAAGUUAGUCUGUAUGUGAUACAGAUGUAGGAACAUUGAGGUCCCGAGUAUUGGAAGGUAACAACGAGGGUGGCUGCGAUCUAUCUACCUGUUUGUGUCUCUGUUCAUAAUUAGUCUAAAUAUAAUGAAUGUCAUUAGUGUUAUUUCCAUUAAAGUAAAUGUUUUGUGUUACGUUCGAUAGCGUUACGUUGGCUCUAGGUGAGACUUGUAGCCGUUCAUUGACUGUACUGUUCGGUUCCACUUUGAGUACACUCCUUGUACAUUUUGUACUGUUUACACUGAACGUGUGGUUGCGUGUUCGUAUUUAGUUCUAAACUGUACAGACUCACAUCGGUCUUAUUUAUUCCUGAUGAGUUCUAGAUCAUAUAAAUAUAUGUAUGAUUAUGAGGACUUUAAAAAGCACACAUGAUAUACCGAAAUUGAAUGUUUAUGUUUAAUACAUAUAUUGUUUUUUAUAAAAUAUGUAGUUAGGAUUGCACUGUUGAUGAAAAUAACAUUAAAAUAAUUGUCGAUCUGUCAUCAGGACUGCUUAAACAUAAUUUUAAUCUCUAUAAAUAAUAUCAUUAAAAUGCCUAAUUCAUAGUGAGAGAGGUAGCGUAGAAUAAAAUCUUAACUCAUAAUGAUAACAAGGAUAAGCACUUGAGGGCGGUCGCGGCACGCAGCGCGGGCGCGGGCGGGUCGCGGCGCCCACUCACUGCCAGCACGCGGGCUCCGAUAUAUUGAUAUGAUCUAGGAUGUGUUUGUAGGUGUUUCUCGAGUAGUGAUCGUGUAAUAAGUCUUAUGUUACGCCUUCUAAAUGAUUAUAAACUGUUAGUGUGCGACGAGGGCUCGCGGGUGGCGGCGGCCGCCACUCCUGCCCGCUACGCCGCCUACGCCGUAGCUACGGAGCGGCGUAGGCGCGGCGUAGCGAGCGCGUAGUCCAUCGCGGGCCGCGCCACCGUCGCAUGUAGACAUCGUUCGACACUCGAAGUAAGAUUAAUCACGUUCGAAUAAUCGUAGACAGAUUUUGAAAUUUAAUAUUAUUUGCAUUUUCCUAAGAGUUAGAACGAUUGAGACAGUAGGUCGCACGACCGUGUUAUGAUGAAUUGUGAAAUGUUUAUUAAAAAAAUGCGUUUAUGAAAAUGGAAUAAAAACGAAAAAUAUUGUCAUAUUUAAAACUGUAAUUAAUAACUUAAGAAGAAUUAUUGGGAAAACAGAAAAACGUUAAAUAAACCGAUUAAAAAUACAAA